AUGCCUCUAGUGACCAACACCGCGGUAGAAUCGUCCGGCCCGCUCGCCGACUUCUUUUGGAUUGCUGGUGUGGACGGCAAGGAAAUUGAAGAUACCUACUGGAAACUACGCAAUGAUUAUAUGUCGAACAGAGAGAGUACUCCGGGGCCGGCCGUAUCUGAUACCAUUGAGGAGGACAAGGAAUUAGAAGAAGAUGCCAACACCAAACCGAACAAUGUCGGAGGCAAUGCCAAAAGGAAUUCAUACAACCGACUUUCGAGGCUAUCCAACGAUGCCCGCAUGUCUAUUCGAUCCGUCGACUCUAAGGUCUCCGGCACAAACAGCAAUCGAAGCAGCAUGACUAUUCGCGCGACGCCGACAGUGACCAUCGAGAAUUCAGAAACGGGUUUGGGGGACUUCGACUUUGACAAGGCUUUGCUCAAGUUUGCUUCGGAGAGAGAAUCUUUCUUGUCCGAUUUGAGUCUGAGCGCUGGCGCUAUUACGCCUAAUGCCAAGCCUCCCAAACCCCGGCCCAAGGUGCAGAAGAUUGUCUCAGAGGACAGGCCGGUGUCUUCCAAUCCCUUGAAAUCGGGUAUUGGUAGUGUGCGACGGCACAUGUCUUUUAGAGAUAUGAAUAGUAUGAGAAGACAGCCGUCGGUUGCACGACAGGCAUCUGUCCGUACGUCCCGACGAUUGAGCAACUACAACUCCGUGAUACCUGUUCCCCAACCGAUAGAGACUUCCCCGACUAUGCACCCUCUAAAACGCAGAUUUGAGCCGGUGCUAUUAGAUCGAUAUCCACAAAAAGGAAUGCCCGAUGAGCAUGCCCAUCGCGGCACAUUUCCUGAUUUUGUGCCCAUGUUUGCUUUCCCCAACGAUAUCAACAUUGUUUCGUCGGACCAGAAACCACGAUCUACUUGGCAUGGCUUCGUAAUGACCGGAGGCGACGGCAGCAAAUUACAUGGCGUGUGCGUUAUUUUGUGGAUUCCGCUAGGCCAAAAGGCAGCAGAGGCGCUUGAAGAGUGCUGUGAGGAAUGGCGCAAGGAUAACAUGACCGAUGAGGAAAGAGAGUUGGCGGCUAGUCUGGGCGGUCGAUUGGCUGAGGAGCGGGCUAAACUGUCUACAUUGUUGGCUCAGCUUCCAGGAGUCCCCUCUGGAUCCCUGGAACGAGAGAGACUCGAAGACGAUAUCAGUGCGGUUGAGGAGAAGAUUGGACUAAUGACAGAUCUGCUUCGACCGGUACGGCAUGGCGCAGCAUCCAAGAUUGAGGGUCUUACCGAUGAUACGGGUUUCUGGAUUCCUCGAGCUUAUGGUAUUCUGGGCAAAAAUGCAUCCAUGACCACAUUCUGGAAGGAGUGGCUCAAAGCUAUAUCCGUUCCUAGAACUAAUGGAGCCAUACUGAGAGUCCCGGCCAGCUCGCCUACAGUCGGUAUCUGGCAACCCUUGGAACGAUAUGUCAUGAACCUUUGCACCGAGGCUUUUAGCCCUAUAUCGUCCAAAACUCAGGUUGAGCUGUCGGUAAGAGAGUUGCGGCUUUUUGCUCGAAAAGAGGCUCCAAAUGAGCUUCCGGGUUCAAGAAAUACCGAUUUAUACGCUCUUUUCCGUUCCCUCUCGAUAUCUAACAUUGUUGUUCUUUUCGAGUACGCCUUAAUGGAAUCUCGAAUCCUUUUUCUAUCAUCUCACACAUCUAUGCUGUAUUUGGCGACUAGGGCUUUGGUUGACCUUUUGUUCCCAUUCACCUGGUCCGGAGUCUUGAUUCCAGUUUUACCAGCUCGUCUUAUCCAAGCACUAGAGGCGCCAUGUCCAUAUAUUGUAGGAAUCGAGAGGCGAUAUGAAAAAGUCGAGUUGCCAUCCGAAGACUUUGUCUUGGUCGAUCUUGAUGCCGACAAGAUCGAAAGCGAUGUCCAACCCACACCACUACCGCGUCACCAACGCAAGAAACUUCUGUCUCUACUCCAGCUAGCUGCUCCACACCAUAGCAGAUACGGUGUCCGGCCCGGUCCUCCGUCUUAUGCUAUCGAGGCUUUCCCCUUUGACUCUUUCCCUACCGAAACUUCAUCCAUCUUCACUCUACGAGCACAAUCUACGCAAUUGGCUCGUUAUGUGAGCCUCAACUCGACUUCUUUUGGAAACGAAUACAGCCCAACACCUGCACCAGCACCGAUAUAUAAUGUCUUUGUGCAUGCUCGAGACGAACAUCCUAGCUCUCGAGGCCUGUCGAGAGGCAACAACGAACGCCCAACAACCGGUUCGACUUCAAAAACAGGAUCACCACCGUCGCCCAGGACCAGCUCGCCAACGUCGGGUUUUUUCCCUCCACCUUUACCUGCAACUCCUGUUUCUCGCAACGACUCAGGUAUGGCCUUGCAGGCUUCCUUGAGAGAGAAGAGAUCUGGCCACUUUGAUUCUUCUUCUCGCAGAAGCUCGUCUUUUGGAGCGGAAAGGAGAGGCGUACCACGGCGCCCAAGCGCACCUUUCUUAGGUCAUGCUUCUAAUCUUUCGGUGACAACGCUGAAUACUGAACAUGGGACUGGAUCGACAUAUGCACCCUCAGUUUAUGCCACAUCUACGAUUGCUGCGUCUACUAUUGUGCCUCAGGCUGUCGCUCAACCCGUGUUUAACACAGAUAGUACAUGCUGGAUUGAAGGUCAUUGUUUGCAGGUCCAGCCACGUGACGAUAAGGUCAUUUGUUCAAUUUGUGAUGAAAAAGCAGAUGAGAAAAUGUACAAAUGUACCGGAUGCAAAACUCAGGUUCAUGGCAGAUGCACACCAUUGAUUUGCUUGGUGUGCCCUGCUGCGUUCCAUCCUGAGCAGAUUCGUGCGGCGUUUGUGCGCUGUUUCGCCAGCCUGUUGUAUACAUACAAGAAAUACCUUGAACCAGCUACGAAAGAGCAAAAGAAAUCUGGCAUGACAUAUCAUUUCAAUAUGGACGCUUUCUUUCGAAGCCUGCCCCACGAGCAUGCGGAGUAUAUGACUGGUCUCCAGCAAACACAAGGCUUUAAUGAAUUCAUCAGCGAGCGUGAGAGAGUCCAGCCAAAUGUCAAAGAUCCAAACAUCACCCUAUUUGACGAGAUCAUUCUUUCAAAACGUAAUCGUGGUCGGACCUCUAUCUUCUCUGGACGCAUGACUACCGACUUCUUGUCCAAUACGUCGGACCAUUUGUGGAGAUCAGCAGCUGCAACUUCGUUUCCUCCUACAAGUCGAGUCCAGAAUGGUAUAUCAGAAGAUUAUUCGGAAGUCAUCAAGCGAGCCCCUGCGAAGCUUGAUCACUCUUUCAUGAAAGAACCGCGCAUGGUACAAGGAGUACCGCGGGUCUCCAAGACUGCCAACAACGCUCGCAGAAAGCCACUACCGAAGAUGAUGAACGGCCUUUCCAUUUCUCCGCCUUAG